ACCAGCCGCUUACAUUUAUAUAAUGGCAGGGUCCCCGGGAAAGUCACAUCAGUAAACUGUCGUCGGCUGUCAGCAUCACCGCGAGCUACUCCGAAACCACCAGCACGACAAUGAAAACCUGCACGAUCGUCUUCGUUGCCCUCGCGGCCCUCCUUCUCUACACCGGGUACGUCAGCGCGAUGGAAUUGUGUCCCCAGGAGAACUGUCUCACCCCUUUCAAGUGCGAACAAGAGAUCAAGAAUCUAAAUGUUCAAUGCUUCGAACAGGGUACCUCGUGCUGCAGCAUAGUUAAAGACGAAUUCCGAACUCACUGUCGUCAUUUCGGCGGAGAGUGCACGAACAGCUGCCCCCCGUCUCUGUUGCACGAGACCGUCGACUGCACAAACGGGCAAAUCUGCUGCGUGUUGGUUUAAAAAAUUAUAGCGCGGCAAAACCAGUAACGUAUAAUCUCACUCCGAUCACGACGAAAGGAUUCUGACGACAGGACUCUGACAUAUAAUUUAAUCGUAAGCUAGAAUAUCGGGAAAAGAAAUGUUAUUCAAUAUCUCUCGCGACAGAUAAAGCUGCCCAAUGAGGUACGCUUUAUUGUUUGACUUUCCCGUUGGAAAAUGUAUUUCUCUCGAAAGAGUUGACUCAUAUCACCUUCGGUAUACCACACUGUCGCGUGAAAGACCUAAUUGGAUUUGUAUAAUUAUGACGGUAAUAAUUUUGUUUAUGAUAAUUAAUACGAUUAUGACAUGUUAUUGUAACGACGAUAAUUGCCAGCCGAGAGAGGAAUCGUUUCAGAAAAUCCACGUAAAAUAUGCAGAAAAAUAUGUCACCGGAAUAUAAUGCGCAUCGACUGAGAACGCGAAUUAAUUACGAAAAGAUACGCGGUUGAUACGCUGUUAAAAUAAACUUCACUCGCAAAGUACAAAUUGUCGCCAAUCUGAAAACGUUCGUGAAACCUUAAAGAUUCUGUGAGUUUCAAUACGAGAAUCGAAAAGACACAGCAAUGCAACGAUCGAUUUCAAUUAAUUCUUUACGGCGUGAAACUCCUUCCAAACAAGCGACUCAUCUCCGUGCUGCGCAACAAGCUAUGAUAUGUAAUACAACUUUAUGUGCGAUCGCAGCAAUGCUUGCGAUAUAAUUGAGCUUUAAACAUUUUUAAUAAAAUUCUCUCAUAAUGUUGUAGUUA